UGGCAAUUCCACCCUCAAGUCAAUCCUCACUCAUGAUGUAUAGACAAUAGUGCCAAAUUUAAGCUCAGCGGGCUCCGCUACGAAUGCUUAACAUGUCCGCCUUACCAGAAACAAAAGUACUCGCCAUUGCGAGCCAUGUGUCCUAUGGAUACGUCGGCAACACAAUGGCGACCUUUGUGAUGCAGAGUCUGGGUGCUGAGGUGUCCGCCAUAAAUACUGUCUGCUAUUCUAACCACACAGCGUACAAACAAGUCAAAGGCCGCAAGGUCCCGGCAGAAGAAAUUCUUGACUUGUAUGAAGGACUCAAGCAGUCUUUUCUGACGGACUUCAAUGUUCUCCUCUCGGGAUACGUUCCGUCCGCGGAAGCUGUCGAAGCCGUGGGGAAAAUUGCAAGAGAUCUGAAGCAUGAAUCCAAUCGUAAGCCAGGGAGCUUUUUCUGGGUUCUGGACCCGGUUAUGGGCGACAACGGGAAAUUGUACAUUCCUGAAUCAGAGGUUCCGGCAUAUAAGAGUUUGCUUCGUUAUGCGGAUCUGAUCCUACCAAAUCAAUUCGAAGCUGAGCUCCUCUCCGAAGUCAAAAUCACGAAUCUGUCUACUCUCGCCACGGCUAUAAAAGCACUUCAUACCAGAUACAAUACCCCACACAUCAUCAUAACAUCCCUUCGCCUGUCAAAAGUAAGCGGUAGGACCUUGCCCGGUACGACGGCCGGCAAUACAACUCAUGCAGAAGAAGAAGAUGAUGAUGACGUCCUAAGCGUCAUAGGUAGCUCAUCGACGAGCAAAGGAGAGCCACGGUUGUGGCGCAUAGACAUCCCAGCGUACCCUGUCUUUUUUUCUGGCACGGGAGACAUGUUUGCCGCACUGAUGGUAGUCCGUCUGCGAGAAGCAGCAGCAGCAGCCGGGCUUCUCAACACGUCGUCGUGGAGAAGUCCUGACGACGUGCCUGCGACGGAAACCCCUCUCGCAAAAGCCGCUACAAAAGUCCUGGCGAGCAUGCAGUCUAUUUUGGGAAAAACAUAUCAAUACUAUAAAACAGAAGUGUCCGAGAUUAAUACGAGAUGCGAGCGAGCAGGUAAAUGUGAGUGUGAGGACGCGACGAAGGCGGAAGAGAUGAGAAUGCACCUGAAAAAGACAAAAGCGGCCGAGGUACGAGUAGUUCGGAAUGCGAAAGAUCUUAUUGAGCCAAGUGACCUUGACAAAUACGCUGCCAAGGCAGUGGAAGUAGAGUUCUAAGAAAGCACCUACACAGGAGUUAGACGAACAGGUAGCAUGUAUAGCAGGGCCGUCAUCGAUAGAGCAUUUUGUACACCGCUAUCCAUGGGACACGGUGAUCAUGGAGACGUAGACACAUGAUUCACGGCUUAGGGUAGACUGAAUAGAUUUGCAGAUCCAUAGAGCUAGGCCAAAAGCAUAAACUAUAGGGGCCUCUUCAACCCUUCCAGAGCCUUCC